AUGGAGACGAGGCAAGUUCUUUCUCGUGUAACAAUAGGGGAAGACGACAAGCAUUCGACAAACGAGGGCCCUACGUCUGCCGAGUCGAUAGAAGGUUCCCAGCUGGGUGGGACAGGCGCGGCGCCAUGGCGGGUCGCUGUUCCACGGACAGGAGAUCAAGAGCUGGAUACUGAACAAGCCGUUCCUUCCGAAGCCAGUCAUGAGAAGAAGAGUACAGAUUGUUGCCGGUCUACAGAGAAAUCGGAGGGCGGAUCUGGACAGAGACCGCCGCCAGCGGGCUGCAGUGGGACUCCCGCAGCGGCUUUUUCAACAGAGACGUCAUCGCACACAGGUGACGACCGACCCAACAUAGUACCGUGGAGCUGUGCGAUGAAGGAAAAUGAGGGAGAAAGAUCGAAACUGCCUGAAAACGUUUCUUCCUGCGGAUCGUCACGAGAGCAUGAAGGCGACACAACCCCCGGAGGACCUAUGAAAGAGCAAAGGGUAGGAGCGUCGUCUCUUUCAGCAUUCGACGCCUUGCGCCCUGUUCGGAUCGAGAAAAAUGGCUCUAGGCAUGGGAAAGAGGUAGAGGAUAGUGGACCGGAAGGAGCACCGGCACCAUCUGAUCCAGGGAAUGAUUCUCACUGCGCACAGUGCGGCGGUGGAGGGCGGCUGCUCUGCUGCAGCAACUGUGUACGAUCAUUUCAUUCUACAUGCCUAGCGAGGCCAGAGCCAUCAUCUUGUGCCACAUUUCUUGCAUCCCCGUGGGUCUGUCCAGUCUGCUUGCCAACCGCCAGAGAGAGUACUCGGCAGCAACUCCCGAAUAUGAGUGCGCAGCGUGACGACGAAAGGCUGAUCAGGGGGACGGAAUGUGAGAGCGUUGCCGCUGGGGUUGUGGCGGAAGGUGAGGAGAUAACACAGGGACAAAUGCCAUGCGCAGAUGCGACGGACACUGGCCAACCGGCAAGGGGCAAUCCACAAACGGACCGGGACAAAGGAGUUCUUCAGGGCUCAAAGGCUGCUCCAGUCUCUGACGAUAGCUCGUGCACAGGAGUCUGCCACACAAGCGAAAAGAAGGAAUAUAUGGCAACAAAAAGGAGGUCAGGUGGAGAGGCAGUGUCUCCAAGGGCUGCAACCAAUCUUGCUUCAUCGCGGUCGCCGAGCCCAAGCCCCUCACAUUACAGUCGUAAGAGACGACGAUGCGAAGGCGAUACCGGUGGCACGGCUCGUUGCAAAGUCAACAUUGGGCCCAGGCACCAAGUGCCUGCGGUGCCACCGUUCUUCCUUGAUUCUACGUGUGCAUGGGACGGGAAGGCAGAAACAUUAUCAGAUGUCCAGGGCUUGUACGCACACGACACAGAUGACACAGCCAGGUUGGUGUACUCGCCGUAUGCCAUGCAGAGGGUCUACAAAAAGAGGCUGGCAGAAGGCGCUGGGGACAAGAUAAUCAAGAAUACGGAAGAAAUGAAUUCCUUCAUUCAGUGUGUCGCGCAGAACUGGACGAGUAAGUCUGGCUGGCAACCCUUCUCCCCAGAAUAUGCCUACAAAUUGCUCCACUUUGCGGGAUACGACCCUCAGCGGGCCAUUCGGAUAAUGAAAGACCCGAACUUUUGCUUCACUGCAAUCUGCGACCCACCCCAAAGGCGCUACGACAACAAGUGGCGACCGAAUGACCGAAGAGGCCAGAUUGGGACCAACCCUUACCCCUCUCCUCUCACGCUUCGUGCGUAUUUGUCUAAGCGCAGUCAGCAUGCUGCAGCUGCUUUUCACCAUGGCGCUCCGAGGUGGCAUGAAUAG